UCACAUACACUGUACACCAGCAUCAACAUCAUUCUCUGCUGACUCCUGCCACAAUGCGCAAGACCAAGAGUGGGAAGAUGAAGCAAAAGCAACCGGAGACGCUGACAAGGCAUCGUCGCCUGCUGUUGACCAAGGCCAGCAUCAAUGGCGACUACUUGCGUGGCCAGGAGAAUGGUGUCAAUGGGGGCAUCUCGUUGCGCUACCAGGAGAUAUUAUUGCGGCACUCAGAUGUGCAACUGUUGCAGGGACCGCAUGAGCUGAACGAUCGUCUGAUUGGUCUCCACUACGCCUAUUUGCAGAGCCGUCGUUACAAAAGGGAACCAGAGUUGUGUUUCCUGUUGCCAGCACUCGCUGAUGGUCUGCGCCAACUGGAUGCAAAGGAGCAGCGUUGUCUCGUACGAGAUAUGCAGCUGGCCAGCAAGCAGUUCAUCUUUAUACCAAUGUCGGAGGACGAGCACUGGUCCCUGUUGCUGGUGGCACGUCCCGAUCGGAGGAUCUACUAUUUCGAUUCGCAGGACAAUCGGCAUUUGAAUCUGGCACGUUUGCUCAAAGAACGAUUGCGCAAUCUGCUUGGUGGCGAGAACUAUGGGUUCACUGUGGGACGCUGCCUGCAACAAGCUGCGCAUCAGCCCCACGAAUCCGGUGUCCAUCUAAUGUGCAUGACAGAUAACAUGGCCGACUAUGUGUGGCGCUGUGGCUAUGCCACAAGCACGCUGCUCGUCUCCGUGCAGGAGGUGCGCGACAAGCGUAAAAAUCAACUACAACUCAUUCGCACUCUUGGCGGCUAUUUGCCCAAUGUCAGUUGUGCAGCUGCCACAUGCCAUGCCCAAUUACUCAGCUCCAGCUGCAGUUCCACUUCGAGUUCCAGCUGCAAAUCGACGAGCGUGUCAUCAACUGUGGCGUUGCCCUAACCUUGUUGCUUGAACAUAAAUAAAACUAAUCAGAUUUCUAUUUCAAAUAGAAUCGAUUAGAUAC